AUGGUCCGACUCUACAAAGCUUCAUUUCCGCAGUUAGUCUAUAUUUCAGGAAAUAUAGCUCUCAAGAAAACUGCCUACCAGAGUUCAUUCUAUAUUGGCCACGAAUCGCAAAGUCCACGUCUUGCGAUAGAUGGCGAUCUUACACAAGGAUCGUAUGCAGCAAAUUGCAUUUUAGCUGGAGACGGCCAGUCAAACUCCUGGUGGGAAGUAGAUUUACAGAGAGACUACUACAUACACAAUGUAGUUAUUCACUUCCGCACCGACUACACAUAUCGUAAACCUGGUGUACACGUAUACAGUUCUAUGAAAGCAAAUCAAAGUAACGCAGGAAACUGGUGUGGAAACACAUCUGCUAGUAGCCCGAAUAUAGAAACAUUGACCUGCGAUGACACCGCUAGAUACAUCACACUCUUCAGAAGUACAGGUGACAAAUUAAUGAGCUUUUGUGAAGUCGAAGUGUAUGUCUGUGAUGCUGGAACUUUCGGUGAUAACUGCACCAGGUUCUGUCACUGUCUGAAUGGACCGUGUGACUACGUCACUGGAGAAUGUUCUGGAGGAUGUAAACCAAACUGGAGUGGUCAUACGUGUAAUGUAUGUGAUUCCAAUCACUAUGGUGAACUGUGUCGUGAAGACUGUUCCACUAGACAUUGCGUGGGAUCAUCAACGUGUGACAGCAUUGGACGAUGUGACAACGGAUGUACAGAAGGAUGGAUGCAACCAGAUUGCACGACAAAAUGUUCCCAGGGUCUAUAUGGACACGGAUGUAGAGGUUCCUGUGUAAACAGACAUUGUCACGUGAAAUCUGACUGUGACCACGUGACUGGAGAGUGUGUCGGUGGCUGUAAUAGAGGAUAUAAUCCACUCGACUGUACAUCUAUAUGUCAACGAGGUACAUUUGGACCUGGAUGUCAGUCAAAGUGUAGUGAACGACAUUGCAAAGGGGACAGCUCAUCGUGUGAUGUACAGAAUGGAACAUGCCAACAUGGUUGUGAUCCAGGCUGGAAGAGUCUAAGUUGUAACAUAGCAUGUGAUAGAGGAUCCUAUGGCGCUGGUUGUAAAUUCAGUUGUUCACAAAGACACUGCAAAGUGAGUACGACGAGCUGUAACAAUGUUAAUGGUUACUGUGAAGGUUUGUGUCAGGACGGUUGGAUGGGAGUCGAUUGUACAGUUUGUGAUACAGAUCAUUAUGGCGUUAAUUGUGAAUCAAUAUGUGCAGACAGACAUUGCAAGGGGGAACAACUCUGUCAUCAUGAACUGGGAUACUGUAAUGGCGGGUGUGUACCAGGGUGGACAGGACUUGCAUGUGUUGAAGCCCAAGCUGUCACUGGCAACACUGAUACCGGUAACAGUGAUUCCGCCAUCGUUGCGGUUUCUGUUGUGGCGGGUAUUCUGUUUGUAUUGUUGGUCAUAGUCACCAGUGUUUUAAUCUGGCACAUUAAGACUCACAGAGUGAAGUCAGACUCGUAUCAGCAAGAGAUGAAAAAAACAAACACGAACCCGUCAAAUGAACCUACAGACCCCAGUGCUGUAGAAUAUGAAAUCGUCGAUAGACAAGAUGGCGGUCGCAGCAAUCCCAGAAUUCCCGGUUCUCAACAAGUGGACACUUCCCGUUCAGCCAAUGAUGGCAAUUCUCCGACGUCACAUGAUCAAAUGGAUGCGCAGCCAAGUCAUUUUGACAGUGAGGGUGGCUAUGUUAAUGCAAGCCAAACGAAUGAAUACGAAACACUUGAUUUAUCCAACCCACCGCAGAAUGACUAUGAUAGAAUAACUGGUGUUUAGACAAUCGUGAAUGAACUUUUGGUUAACUAACGUUGAUACUUUUACCGCGUGGUUUUAAAAAGACAUUGUCAUUAUGAAAUUUGUUUCACGAUGACUCAAGAUACGGAGUUGAAAACGAGAUAGUAAUUUUGACUUAAAAGUUUGAAUGAAGGUCUCUGAAAUUGUAAAAAAAGUAUAGAGAAGUAUCACGUGUUGCUUGUUUGUCCUUGCUAUCGUGAUAUUAGAUCACAAUUCUUAAAGAAAUAGCCUUAUGCUUGGACUGUCUAUAACCAAUUUGUAAAUUUAUUAACAGUAAAAUCAAGGACAAUUUGGUUAGAUCUAUCAAAAUGUAUUUAUGUUGCAAUGCAAAGACGUAUUAACGUUACUGUAACAGUUGUAUUUCCUCCUCCUCCUUUACAACUUCCACCAAAACUACUACUACUACUACUACUACUACUGCUACUACUACUACUAUUACUACUACUAUUACUAUAUUACAAUCAUUAUUUGUCUUACUGCUACUACAAUAAUAAUUAUUACUUAAUCAUUAAUUAUUAUGUACAUUUACUUGUUUGGUAUGUUCUCAUUUCUUAUGUAGUUUGUAUCAUAUUUUAUUUAAAUGCAUAUUUGUAACACUAUUGUAUUAAUAUUCACGCGAUAUAUUGUGUAUGUUUCAUCCAAUCGCUGAUGUCAGCUUCAUCAUAAUAAACUGAUUGAUUAUAUGUAUAGCCUAUUAUUACCGUUUAGAUAAAUUUCUUCCGUUUUGAUUGGUCAAUAGCCAAUGCAUACCACAAGUACGCCGUCUCUUUUGCGGGAAAAUACAGGAUUUACGGGAAUAUAUAGAAUUUGCUGGGGAGUACGAAAUGUCACGUGACUUGCUCGAUUGGUUGUACGGAAAUACAAACUGCUGUCGAGACCGACGAAAUUUUCUCCAACACGCCUCACUGAUUAAAUUUGUUAAAAGACUUGAAUUCAUUAUGAAAGGGAACACCACAAUUCGGUAAAUUUUAUUUUUACUGUUUAUUUGAAGAUUUCUUGAGCACGUUUGGCCAAAAAAUGUGCUAGAUUGUAGUUUUUCGCGUAUUAAAAUCUAAUGCUAGAAUAUAGCAUGGCGUAGUCAGUUACCGUGUUAGAAUUUGGGCUAAUUAUCACGAAGGUCUCUGAAAUUUUAAGUAAUAACUUGACAUGCGUUGUUUACAGGUUCUCCAAGUUAGUACAACACGACAAAUAGUUUUGUUCGGCUGCGGGUGUUCAAUUUUGUUUUCCUGUUUAAAACACGUAAGAUGAUAAGGCGUUAUGAGUUGUCUCCCUUUGCGAAACAGGCUUCGAAAUAUUUUCUGGAUAAACCACCCGGAAUCCUUGUUGACACUCUUAAUAUCCAAACAGCUAACAACCCCCCACACACAUACACACCACACACACACACACACACACCAGCCCCCCCCCCCCCCCCCCCAAAAAAAAAAAACCCAACA